AUGCUAUUGUGGCUUCUAUUUUUUCCAUUUCUUCUUGAAAUCUCUUCAUCAUUCUCCUCAAAAGUCACCCUCACUGAUCCAAAUGGCGGAUAUUUCUAUUCACCAGAAUAUCAUUCCGAUUAUCCAAAUGAUCUAUCAACGACAUACUCAAUUUCGGCACCCGAUGGUUAUUACAUUCGAAUCACAUUUUUGGUCUUUCACACAGAACAGAAUUAUGAUACGCUCACUAUUUAUGAUGGAGAUUCAUCCGAUUCAAAGCUACUUGCUAGAUUGAGCGGUUCACGAAGUGGCACUGUUUUGGUGACAUCGGGCAACAAUGUCUACAUGGAUUUCGAGACUGAUUUAGCUGUGAAUGAUCGGGGUUUCUAUGCAAAAUAUGAAGUGUUUCUUGUCGGAACAAAUCCGCAAGAUCUCCAUGGAUGUCCCCAGUCUAACUACGAAAGUGCACAGUUUUUGGGAAUAACUUCACCAAACUGGCCGCGAAAUUACACGGAACUUCUCGAUUGUGGCUAUCACAUCAAAGUCGAUCCUGGGUAUACGAUUCAUCUAAUGAUUGAAGCCUUUCAAACGGAACACUUUGAUUAUCUCCGAAUUUACGAUGGACCCAAUGCAGACGCAAAUCCGAUUGCUGAACUCCGCGAUUCCCCAGCCACUCCAAUCGAUUUCACUUCAACAACAAACGAAAUGUACAUGUUUUUCUCAACCGAUCUCCUCUAUACGGAUAUUGGUUUCGCCGGUGUUUUCUGGCCUGUAUCAGCCGAUAAAUCAAAAGCCAAGCUCUCAAAGGGAAAUCCAAUCAAGGAAACCGUUCCGAAGAUCUUUGAUUCACCAAAAAUCUCAUCGCUUUUCCAUUUGAGACCGGCUAGACACCUAUUGAUACCG